AGAUGUGGCCACGCCCACCUGAGUGACUUCACCGCCCGGCCAACUUUUUUCCCGCGCUUUUUUUCAUCGCUUUUGGCUGCGGUGCAAGGUGAAUUCUUGUGAAAGUUAUAAAGAAGGAAGGUUGAAAAAAUCCAAACGAUCACGUCUGCUGGUGACACUGGACACAUUUCUACGAAGAAUUCUUGUGAAAGUUAUAAAGAAGGAGGGUUGAAAAAAUCCAAACGAUCACGUCUGCUGGUGACACUGGACACAUUUCUACGAAGUGCGCAUGAGGCGAGUGGCGCAUCGCGAUUGGCCGGAGCGAGAGCGGCGAAGCGCCUCCCCCCCGCCGCCCCCCCCCACACCCAUGUCGCCAAUGCGCGCUAGGGAAUAUAAUGAGAGGUUUGCUUGCAUUGGAGGGAAGGCGUUCGCCUCAUCGCGUCGCCGCGUCAAGGUGAACUGCCCGCCCGUUGCAGCAGCUGUAAGAGACAACGGGCUGCCUGCGACUAAGCAGAUGUCACCGCCGAGUCCUCCCUAGCAACACACCUAAGGAGAUAAGCAUCUGAACCCCGGGUCACUCAGAUGGCUCCUGGACAGAAAAACCGGUUGUCUUUCCACGUGACAAGAAAUUAAUGCGACGGACGACUGACUCAAACCGUUGCUUCCGUGCAGACUGACUCACCGAUUAAAUAUUCAGUGUCUGCAACCCGGCCUCACCUUGGGUUAACUCCUGUGUCAGCAGCUUUCGAGACUGCGGCGGUGACCGCAUCGACAAUGCGGGCGCUGUCUUGAAAAGAGGAAGGGCUCCCGUCGCCUGCGAUCGAGCGACGCUGUAGCCACACGGGCACUGCCGUCUUCCGCCGGCUUCAGGCGAGCCCGGGCCCGCAGGAGAAGUGUAAAAAAGGGGGCAUCGCCCGCUGCCUCUCCGACUGACCGACGGACGGUGCCGCCGAUGGCCCCACGCAAGAGGGCGGUGGCGGGCGCUGGGCGGCGCCCGCUCUGCUGCUGGGCCCUCUGCUGCUGCUUCCGCGGCGGCGCGUGCGGCUGCCGUGGCGACGAGCCGCCCGAGAUCACGUACGGCUUCGUGCAGGACAGCGCCUUCCCGCUGCAGCCCGCCGAGGAGGUGCCGCCACUGCCCUCCGCCGACGAGCUCAACGCCAAGUUUUCCGAGCUCGUGGAUGAGCUGGACCUGACGGAGAAGCACAGGGAGGCGAUGUUCGCCCUUCCGGCCGAAAAGAAGUGGCAGAUUUACUGCAGCAAGAAAAAGGAACAAGAGGACCCCAACAAGCAGGCGACCAGCUGGCCCGACUACUACAUUGACCAGCUUGCCUCCAUGGCAACGAUGCAGACGGUGGCAGCAAACAGCGAGGAGGAGCUGGAAGCUCGAAACAAGGUGGUGGAAGACCUUAAGACGGCGCUCCGGACGCAGCCCAUGCGAUUCGUGACGCGCUUCAUCGAGCUGGACGGCCUCACCUGCCUCCUCAACUUCCUCAAGUCCAUGGACUACGACACAACGGAGAGCCGCGUGCACACCUCGCUCAUCGGGUGCAUCAAGGCCCUCAUGAACAACUCUCAGGGCCGAGCCCACGUGCUGGCGCACCCGGCGAGCAUCGAGACGAUCGCGCAGAGCCUGCGGACGGAGAACGUGCGCACCAAGGUGGCCGUGCUGGAGAUCCUGGGCGCCGUGUGCCUGGUGCCGGGCGGGCACAAGCGCGUGCUGCAGGCCAUGCUGCACUACCAGAAGUAUGCGGCGGAGCGCACACGCUUCCAGACGCUCGUGAACGAGUUGGACCGCAGCACGGGGCGUUACCGUGACGAGGUCAGCCUCAAGACGGCCAUCAUGUCCUUCAUCAACGCCGUCCUCAACGCCGGCGCCGGCAAGGACAACAUGGAGUUCCGCGUGCACCUGCGCUACGAGUUCCUAAUGCUGGGGAUCCAGCCGGUGAUCGACAAGCUGCGGGGACACGACAACGCCACCCUCGACAAGCAUUUAGACUUCUUUGAAAUGAUCAGGAACGAAGACGAAGCUGAGCUGGCCAAGCGAUUCGACAUGACGCACGUGGACACGAAGAGCGUGGGGCAGAUGUUCGACGUGAUCCGGAAGAAGCUGGCGCACACGGAGGCGUACCCCCACCUCGUGUCCAUCCUGCAGCACUGCCUAGAGAUGCCCUACAAGCGCAAUGGCACCAUGGUGCAGCAGUGGCAGCUGCUGGACCGCAUCCUGCAGCAGGUGGUGCUGCAGAGCGACCGCGGGGAGGACCCGGACGUGGCGCCGCUGGAAAACUUCAGUGUGAAGAACAUCGUGCGCAUGUUGGUGAACGAGAACGAGGUCAAGCAGUGGAAAGAGCAGGCGGAGAAGACGAGAAAGGAGCACAGCGAGCUGAUGCAGCGGCUGGAGAAGAAGGAGCGGGAGUGCGAGGCGAAGACGCAGGAGCGCGAGGACAUGAUGACGACGCUCAACAAGAUGAAGGACAAGCUCCAGCGCGAGGCGGCCGAGCGGCGCCAGGCCGAGGAGCAGGCGCGGGAGCUGCAGUCGCGGCUCGACGCGUACCUCGCCUCUGGUGGCAGCAUCGGAGGGCCGCGGGUGCCCUUACCUACCAGCGGCCUGCCAGGUGCGAGCGGGGAAACCGUGCCAGCCUUGGGCUCUUCAAUCCUGGCUCCGCCGGCACCGCCCCCACCUCCCGGUGGGGUCCCUCCCCCGCCGCCCCCUCCUCCGCCUCCUCCAGGAGGACCCCCCGGUGCCCCCCCACCCCCGCCGGGAAUGCUGGGAUCGGGGCCUCCUUCGGAACUGCCCAAGAAGAAGAUCCCACAGCCCUCGAACCCCCUCAAGUCGUUCAACUGGUCCAAGCUGCCUGAGAACAAGAUCUCGAGCACGGUGUGGAGUGAGAUCGAUGACCUGCGAGCAUUCAAGGUGCUGGACCUUGCAGACAUCGAGCGCAUGUUCUCCGCCUACCAGCGACAGCAGGACCCCAUGUUCAAUGUCGGUAGCUUCAGGCAGAAGGAGAUGGGCUCCAAUGAGGAGCUGCUGGACUGUGGGAGCCGGAAAGCCAAGGAGCUCUCUGUGAUCGACGGGAGGCGCGCGCAGAACUGCGUCAUUCUUCUGUCCAGACUGAAGCUGUCGAACGAUGAGAUAAAGCGUGCGAUCAUGCGCAUGGAUGACCAGGAAGACUUGCCCAAGGAUAUGCUCGAGCAGCUGCUGAAAUUCGUGCCGGAGAAGAGCGACGUGGACCUGCUGGAGGAGCACAAGCACGAGACUGAGCGCAUGGCGCGAGCCGACCGCUUCCUCUACGACAUGAGCAGGAUUCCACACUACCAGCAGCGGCUGCAGGCGCUCUACUUCAAGAAGAAAUUUGCCGAGCGCGUGGCCGAAUGCAAGCCCAAGGUGGAGGCCAUCCUCUUGGCCUCCAAGGAGCUGCACCAGAGCCGCAGGUUGAGGCAGCUGCUGGAGGUGGUGCUGGCGUUCGGGAACUACAUGAACAAGGGGCAGCGCGGCAACGCCUACGGCUUCAAGAUCUCAAGCCUCAACAAGAUCGCCGACACCAAGUCCAGCAUUGACAAGAAUAUCACGUUGCUCCACUACCUCAUCACGAUCCUGGAGAAGAAGUACCCCGACGUCGUGAACAUCCAGGACGACCUGCAGCACGUCCCCGAGGCCGCCAGGGUCAACAUGCUGGAGCUGGAGAAGGAAAUCAACUUGGUUCGAGGGGGCCUCAAGGAUGUGGAGAAGGAGUUGGAUUUCCAGCGGGCACAGCCCGGGAGGCCAGACGAUAAGUUUGUGUCGGUGAUGAGCGACUUCAUCACGGUGGCAAGCUUCAGUUUCUCAGAGGUGGACGACAUCCUCUGUGAAGCCAAGGAACGGUUCGACCGAGCGGUUCGACGAUUCGGCGAGGAGAGCGGCCGCGCGCAGCCCGACGAGUUCUUCGGCGUCUUCGACCUCUUCCUGCAGGCGUUUGGCGACGCCCGCCUGGAGAACGAGCGCUCGCGACGGCGCAAGGAGGAGGAGGAGAAGCGCGCGCGUGCCGACGCCCAGCUCAAGGAGCAGCGCGAGCGCGAGCGGAAGGCGCGCAAGACGAAGGCGGGCUCUUGCGACGAGGGCGGCGGGGAGUUCGACGACCUCGUGUCGGCCCUGCGCUCCGGCGAGGUCUUCGACAGAGCCGACCUCGUCAAGAUGAAGCGCAACCGCCGCCGCCCGGGCACCCAGCUCGCCGACGCCGGGCGCGAGCGACCGCUCGCGAAGCUCAACUUCUGAAGACGCCUCCCUCCGCGUCGUCUCCCGAUGUGCCGCCCCCUCCUGCCGCCAACCCUCCCCCCCCCCCCCCCCCCCCCCCCCGCGCUCCUCUCUUAACCGCGGCCACUUUGGCCAAAGUUCACCGCUCCGCGAGCUCGGUGGCACGGAGGCCGCCGGCGCUCGGUCGAUUAGUUUUGACGUCUGCGGACGUCCCUGUGAGCGCCUCCGCAAAAAGGGUGUCAACCCCGCCAGGUUGCAGCUCGCGUUGACGCUCGAUUACAAAGCUCGUGCUCUCCCGGCCGUAGCCUGAAACGAGAGCUUCCCCAGCUUGCUCUUAAUUCGCGUGCGCCGAGCAAGUUACCAUGUUCGUUGGUGGGUCAUGAGCUCAGUUCCACGUUGCUUUGGCGGAACCCAGUCCGUCCUUGCCACCCCCGCUGCUCAGAAUAGUGGAGGCUCAGUGAGUGGUAUUUUUUUUUUUACCGACCCUACAGGCAAAUUGAUCAUUUACUUCGGUGGUGCAAUUAAGCCAUAACCUGGAGAGUCAAAUCGCUACCGUCAUGAUCACAAACUUCACACCGAAACGUUUCCCUUGGCUUGAUCUAUAUGAGGAUUGUUUGUUCUCAAUAAGUCACAGUUUCCAUUCGUCAAAGGCAACAACUAUUUAAACAUGCUCCCUGAUAUAAUGUUUUGAAGCCUCAUUCGUCCAGCCAUCGAAAAAUCUAUGAAAUCCUAAAGUAGGUUUGCUCAUUGGGUUUUGCUGAGCAUUUCUCAUCAACAUAAAUCAUCAUCGUUAUGAUUAUUAGCCAUGGGAUCCAUCCACUACUCGAUGAAGGCCCUCCCCCAAGCCGCCACCAUCUCUCUGCAGUGGAAUAAUCCACCUCGUCGCCUGCACUGCAGACGUGAAACCGAUUUCUACGCUCCAUCCCGUCGGUGGACGGCCUGCUUGGACGCUUCCCUUUCCCCGUCUGCCACUCCGCUGUCAUCCUCGACCGUCGGCCCAUCCGUCUUUUAAUCGCAAACGUGCCCUGCCCGAGACCCACCUUGCUUGCGUCGGCUUCACGGUGUUGUACAAAGUGUCGGACUGCAUUCGGGUGACUUUUGCUCCGCAAUCCCCGUGCCGCCAAAAGACGCCGAAAACGGUCGGAGUUUGAUUUUUUUUUUCCUGUAAAGAAACGAGGAACCGUGUUCGCGUCGUCGAUAGCUGGAGACUCGGCGGGGGGGAAGAGGGGGGGGGGAAUGAGGCGCGAUGAAGAACGGCGGGCAACUUGGGACAUCGUCGCAACAUGCAAAUCAUUGCUGAAGACCCCCGCACCCACGUGAUUACAUCAUUCCGUCGCCGCCGCAGGAUAAAAGAUUUUCCAACCAAAUAGCGAUGCAAAGAUGACUUCACCUUUCAUACGUUGUUUGUCACGCGAUGUAUACGGUGUAUAUAUAUUUUUUAUAUUAUUUGGGAUUGUGUUUUUUUUAUUUUUACGUGCAUAGGUGGUGUGAAGUCGAUUCAACGGUGUCGAUUAAACUCGGUCAUCUUUUCCAAAUAUAUAUUGAAAAAAACACGAGCUCUACAACAGACACGAGGGUAAUCAGACAAGCGGAUGGAAGCGUCUCAACCAAAGUAAUGUGGGGAGGAUUUGUGCCACGCAAGCAAACGGAAAUCGUCGCCCCCUUGGCUGGGGAGGGGGCUGCUUUUUUGUUCAUGCAAUAACAAAACAAAAUAUUGGCAUCCGAGAAGUUGGAACUCUCCGAUGUCAGGUCGACUGCGUGCAAGUGAUUUAUCGAGCAGCUGUGAAAAUAAAUGCUGCAUUGGGGCGACUUUCAACAGAAGACUCUCAACAAAAAAACAAAAGCAACGAAAACAUCACGAGUGCCUCUUCGCACUCGACGGUUUCACGUAAUCGAUACGAAAAUACGUUCUGAUUUGACGGAGGCUUGGGUCCCACUUUGCGUGCGCGGUGUUGUUGUUGUUAGACGGUGCAUGUGUCUCGGAGUGUUUUCUACGGAAGGGUUAUUGCAUGCUCUUAAUCGUACAAGAGACGAUAGGGUAGUUGGGAUUAACGCAGAUUUCGCCUCUUAGGUUAAGCUCUGGAUAUUUACUCGGUGGAAUGACGGAAACCUUUCUCGUCACGAAUCCAGCUUUUAUUCCCAUUGCAAUGAAAUGGUAGUACCCCCGAUUGGCUGCAGGGGUGAUGUAAAGUAAACUUAUUGCGUACAACAUGCACGCAUUGAUGCAUCGACGGGCACACCCCACCCUCUCUUACAAUUUGGUGCGAAAAACGCCAACGUUACUUCAUUUGCAAUUGAGACCAAAGAGAUGUUGGAAGAAUUGGGCAGCUGGGUAACUUGGCGGUCAUAGUGCAUUGCAGAAUGCGUUGGCUUUUGUGAGAUUGAUGGUUCAAUUCCUGCCACUAUCGAGUCAUUUCUCAGUCGAAAUUCAAUUUCUGAGUCGGUAUUACCAUGUGGUCCUGUCUGCUGUAAAGUGUACUAUAAUUAACGAUCCUGAGGAAUGAUUUGCACGAGUGGUGUGCUGUAGUCUCAUGAGCUCAAGUUUUUGUUAAUUAACCUGCAACUACAUUUUAAGAAAGAACAUCGAGUCUCUAUCCGUGGCUUCUCAGGCCUUUCCAGAUAAUGAAUUUGGAUUGACUGCAAUCAUAAUUCAAUUUAAAUUGCAUCCAGCAAUUGAUCAUCCAGAUGUGCGCCGAUUUCUUGCGAUGUUACCGGUGUAUUUCAUAUUCAGUUUGGCAAUAAAAGAACCAGAGCUCAGAUCUGGGCCACUGCACAGAUUAAUGUUGAUAUGAAAGUGUAGCCUAUAUUGUUUCAGUCUGAUCGUGCACACAAAAAACACCGCAUUGAAUGCAUGUAACGUCGUUCUUGAUUUGAUUUAUCCAAACCAAAUGAGCGAUCACAUUUUAUAGUUUAGAUGGAGUGCUCUUGCCAAUAAAAGCUGGAAACCCGGCAUCAUUUGUUUCACAAACCUAACUGCUCGUGAGACCCAGAAUGUCAAUACCCGUGCAGACUUUGCUUACUUUAAAAAAAAAUGCGUCUGGAUGUUACUUGUCUCGACAGCCGUGGGCUGAUGGACGCAACACAUUUGUAUUCACGUGUGGAGGCGCAGGAGUUCUGCUUCAAUAAGCUUUCACCCGUAAAAUGUACGCAUAUCGCACGCAUCUGCACGGUGUGAAGGAACGCUGUUGGGUGUGUCGAGUGCGGCCCAUUGACGAGAUACGUCUUCGGAGAAUACUGUGAUGUCCCUUCCAGAGAUAUCCUCCAUUGCUAGAGGGUUGGUGUAUCGCACAAAUGAUGCGAAACUCUUUCUGGGCGUCAGGGCGUCCAUUGCCUGGUUCGGCAGAAGACGGUACAGCAAAGUGCGGACUAAAAUCACGAAAGCUUCAAAUCUAGAAUUAAAAUCAUCUGUCCCAAUCUGUACGGGGGAUAGAGUGUUGCCCCCUCGCAUGCGUGGGUUUUCUCCGGGCGCUCCGGUUUUGUCCCACAUGUUUAAACACUGGUUAAUUGGAUGAAAACAUCGUAAUAUAUAGAGGACUGCAGAGCUUGGGCAAUUGUUGGUGCCAGCUCAUCGCCUGGCCGCUGCCUUCCAGUUUUUUUGUGUGGUUCCUCGGCAUUUAUGAGAUGCAGUUGGCGUGAGAUGACGCGAUAUAAAACUGAUUAUUAUCGUUUUAAAGUCAGCAGGGCUCCACCGUAACGUGUGGGUGAUCCGGUGAUUUUGUGGCUACUUUGCUUUGUGCCUUGUACUGAUGCGAUUGGCACGAUUGGGGAUGUAAAGUGGUGCCAAGGGGAGGAUGCCGUUACCACUAAAGGCCUUAUUUGGUAGCAUUCACGGCCUUCUUAAAAUGGGUCGCGUGAAGUACAAUGGCUUACCAAUACUUUGCGUCGUUAUGAAACUCCAGUGGCUUCUACGUGCAGUGGCGAAUGUGAUGUCUAUGGGGGGGCGGGGGGGGGGAGGCCUUGUGACGAUACACACGUGCAUAGCUCUCCGAUGUGAUUUCUGGAGUCGUAUCGCGGGAUUGUCACAAAUCCCACCAACUCCUUUUCGUUUCGUGUGUUUAGUGUUGUGGUCCUUCCCCUGCAACCUCCGAUUUGGCACGGUGGGAAAUAAAUGCAGCAUACAUACGUACACGAUGGUCGGACGUUUCGCUCAGUCAGAGUCCUGGGAGCUUCGGUUCGUGAAAUCUUGUUCGGCGCCCUGAAGUAGCUCCCAGCACGUGGCAGCGAAGCGUCGGACAUCGUGACAAACAACCGCGCAUUUGCAUUGGACGUUGUAGAAGUAACCGGAUAUUGAAAAAAAAACGGAUUUUGUUGGCUCGUUUUAAAUGCAAGAUCUAAAUGCCCUGCUGAAAAUGGUUAUUACUUGGUGGCGAAAAAGAAAGUCGUCCAAAAAUGUACGUUUUCAAAUGUGUGUUAAAGGUUUUAUUGCUAAUUGCAAAAAUAAAUGAGUGUGCUGUCAUUUCCAUCA